CAUACAGAUUCUCUGCUGCUGUUCCUUCACUCUGUUCCUGGUCUGAAGGAGGUUAAAGUUUGGCUAAACAACCUGAUUGAGAGCUGGGCGGCUGGUCUGUUCACCCUCUUCCUGUCUUGUUCCAGCUUACUUCACUUGCAAUUGAAUACCAGUAUGUCUGUUGUUAAUGAUGUGGAGAGUCUGGGUGUGAUGAGAGAAGAUGGAGAAGGUGGAGUGAGGCUGUCUGUCGGCUGUAACCAUGUGAAUUAUUUAGAUGACUGUGAUGAUUUCGACCUCUUUAAACCUCUGGAGCACAAAGUGGUUCCCUGCAUCACCAUCAUAGUGACUGAUGACUCUGAGAAUGCAAAUGCUGACUGGAGGAGAUUCUUUCAGGCCUACAACCAGCUGAAAGUCUUGACUGAGUGUUCAUCAGAGUACGAUACGAGUGUGAGUGAUCUACUCUCUGCCCUGAACUCGGUCUCUGGUCUGAAGAACGUGGAUCUUAUCUUCAGAUUCAUGACAGUGGAUGGAGCGUCCAGAGUCCUGGAUCUCAUUCAGAUGAAACCCAGUCUGAGUGCAUUUUAUUUUUUGGCAGUCAAGCAACCUGAGACAAGUAAAGCGAACCUCAAGAAAGGCUACAGGAAUGAAUUCUCCAGUAUCCUUAAGAUGAGUGAGAGUGAAGAGGACAGUGAUUCAGACAGAUCAAAUGACUUUUGCUGGCAGUCUGCAAGACAGAUGUCAGGUGACAGUGAUGAAGAUUGCUUGCCCUCGCCUCUCAGUGACUGCAGCCAUGAAAUCAUUGAUUCUGAUCAGCUGGACAACGUGGAGCGUAUUCUUUGCUCAGAAAUCAGGAUGUGGAAAUAUUUACCUGGACAAUACAGCUUGUUUUUGAAGCGCAAUGGCUCCAGUCCCAGCACACAGUCACUGUUCUCACAGAUAGAGCUCAUCCUGUCUGAAAACUCAGGAGAAACUAGCAGUGACUGGAAAACCUUUCUACAAGCAUAUAACCGAUGCAAAGGGAUCUCUAUAAGCAGUCCUGCAUUUGACGAGAGUGUGGAUGCUCUCCUGUUGUCCCUGCACUCUGUGUCUGGUCUGAAAAAGGUGCAGUUGACAACAGACAGCCUGACUGAGAACUGGGCACCAAAGAUCCUCUCCCUGUGUCAUACAUGUCCCAGCCUUCACACCGUCUGUUUGCAGGUGGAGUACGACAAGAGAUACAGUGUGCUUAAUGUGUGUUCCUCUCUCAGCAUCACCAAAAACAUCACAGACACUACCUGGACAGUUGACAUUCGUUUGGCCCGUAAUAGCAAGAAUGAAGUAUCCCCAUCAUUCAUUUCAUUCACAUCACCAUGUUCAGAGAUUCCUAAACUCAAUGAACUCUUUGAAACACUUGACAUUCUUAAAGAUUUAGAAGAAAGCUGUUCAGAGCAUGAAGAGCUUGUGAGCGAUUUGAUGUCCAGCUUUCUCUGUGUUUCUGGUCUGCGGAGAAUCGGACUUGAGAUCAGAAGUUUAACGGAGAACUGGGUGAAGUGGAUUCUGUCCUUAGCCGAAGUCUGUCCCAGUCUUCAGGAGAUCAGAUAUGACUGCAUAGAAAGUUGUGGCUUGUUGUUGGAGGACGUUGUGAGGAUCCUGCAGAGCUCUCAGAUAGAUUCAGAUUGCAGGAUUAUCAUCACAGGGAUGAAGCGUGGUAAAACGACAGAUGGGCACACUGAAAUCAUGAUGGACACAUCCAGAUCACCAUCAGCCUGCGAUGAGAAAGUGAAGGUCACCUUCUGUAGGAACUCUCAAACAAGACUAUUCACAAUAGAUGGCAUUGAGACAGAAGACAAGGACCCUGAAGACUUCAUCCUUGAGGAUGAAGACUUUAUCAUUUUUUAGAGAUAUAUGGAAAAAAUUAAUCCUAUAAUAAACCUUUACACAUAUAGUUAAUUAUAUUUUUAAUUCAUCUUAUUGUUUUAAAGUGACAGAUUUAAAGUGUCAGAGAAUAUUUGGAACCUGGGUGGUUUUACUCAAUAUUGUAAGAUGAAAUUAACCAGGACAAAACUAAACAUGGAAGAAAUGUUGAAGAAAUGUGUGAACUAGUGUUGUAGACCGGCCUCAAGACUGGUCAAUACCACAACUGUGAAGAUAUCACUAAAUUGCUGUUGCAUUGUUUGAUUUAUUUGUUAAUUUGAUUGAAAGUAAAACUUCCUGCUUCAAAUGCAA